AUGGUUUGCAGAUACAAUGCUCCUUGGAAUUUAAAUUUGCAUGGUUCAAAAUUAUAUGAGGAUAAAGAUACCGGUGAAUUUUUUUUGGAUCCAGCAAGGAAUGAUGAUAGAGUCAAUUCACAUAAUCAUUAUAUAUUGCAAUUAUGGAGAGCCAACAUAGAUUGGCAACCUGUUCUCUCAAAACAUGUUGUGAUAAAAUAUAUUGCAAAGUAUGCAGCAAAAGCAAAGAAAAGUUCAGAAACCUACCAUCAAAUGUUGAUGUGUCUUGCAAAUAUUGAGAACCGAGAUGAUCUUGCAACAAAAGCAUAUAGGAAACUUCUAAAUGAAACUAUUAUUGAGAGAGAUGUUGGAGCUCAAGAAACAUCUCACAUGUUGUUAGAACUUCCACUCGUUGAAAGCAGUAGACAGUUUGUUAAUCUGAAUGUCUCGCGUGAAGUAUUCAAACCUGUGGCUAUAAAUGAUGAAGAGGAAAAUGAAGAACAAACAAAAUCAUUCAUCAAUGGAUAUAGAACAAGGCCAUUGUCUAUGGAAGCUGUCACAAUGAUUGAUGCAACUAGAUCAUGGAUUUAUAAUAAUAGACAAAAAAGUAAUAACAAAUGA